AUGGAUUCUUCUCAUUCCAAAGUGCAGUCUUCAGGAAGACACCGACAACGAAAAGCUCGAUUUCAUAGUAAAGGAUGGGUAUACCUUCCUCCAGAGUCAAAUGAAGCAAUCCUGCCGAAGCAUGCGCGCUCCAGUGCAAUACAAGCUAGCCAUAUAAUCGACAAAAGACUUCGGUCUAACGUCAUUCCAAAGCAAAGUUCGUCAAAGGUGAAGAAGACAUUCGCCGAAAGAACCAUCGAAAAACGCAAGAGAGCUUUUGGAAAAGGUCUAAAAAAGUUGAAUCAGUCUGCAAAUCUGCCAGCGAGAUAUCACAAUCCAGGUGGCACGGUGGAAGAACGUGAAGAGACCAUAGCCCAGGAAAGUGUACAAUUUGUUACGUCGGUGGAUGAUGGUAUUUCGUCUUGCAGCAGCCUUACGGAUUUGGGUGAUCUAUCGGAAGAGGAGGUAGACGUGAUUGAUACACAAUGCCGACAGGAGAACGGUGAUGAGACGUUGUCCAAUACAAACCCAAGGACACAAGAUGAGAAAGAGCCUGGUCCAAAGAUUAGUCAUGAAGGUCAUCUUUCAGAAACCCAUUUAAGAAAAAGAAUGCAGUUGCUAGAGCAACAAGUGACCAGACUCAUGGUUCGAAAGACAGAAGAAGAAGCACAGUAUCAACAUACAAUAAACAAAUUACUCGAGCAAAACUAUAACCAAAAUCUCAGACUCAACAUGCUGAGGACUGGUAAGAAGGGCGAAAAACCACAGUCAACGACCAAUGACCUCCUUACAGCCGAACUCUAUGCGCAAGAUCAAGAGAUUCGACGUCUGAAAUCAAAUCUGAAUGAAGCUCUUCGUCUGAAUGAAUUGUUAUCACCGCAUUCGACUAAGACAUAUGCUGUUGAGAUGGCCAAGUCCACUCGACAGCUCAUGCAUCAGAUCGAAUCGUCCGUCAUAUUUGCUGCUGACAUGCUGUGUCAGGCUCUUAAUCAACCUCUUAAGCAGUCACCUCAUGAACGACUUGGUAAUUUCAUCUUGGAGAGCAUUGGCAGUGUAGAUCUUCUACAAAGCCAUUCAUCGGCUGCAUUCCGAGCCAUGAUCUUCAAGUUCAUUCGUGAAUGCAUUUUCUACUCAGAGGGCAUGUGGACAACCUUGCAUUUCGAAAGUUUGAUGUUGAGAGUGUAUCAAACUGCUUUACAACAAGCAGUUACUCCUGAGUUUCUCGAAAGAUUCCAUCGAGCAGCACUGCACCUAUUGCUACAAGACAGCAAUCAUUUCAAAGAGGCCUUUGUCAUACCACAUGCUGAAAUCCUGACGAUCGACAUUAUGCACCUACUAGGCCCAUAUCUAGAUAAUACUUUGCUGCAACAAUCCCACCAUGAGGAUCGUCUCAAAAAAUGCAUAAGAGAUCUGUUUUGUGACGCCAUCGAACUACGAGCAUCUUACUUUCCGCCGCCUGGGACACGGUAUGAGUUGAUUCAAUUUAAGCCUGGCACUGUUUAUAACCCAGAGCUCAUGCAGGUGCAACCAAUCCCUAUAGAGAGCAUGAAUGUACCACCAGAUGACAGUAAAUUACUCCGCAUCAAAGUCUGUGUUCACGGCGCGAUCAUUGCGCAUCCGACCCAGGAAAUUUCAUCUGUAGGGCUGGAUAGACUCAAAGAUUGGAGCCAGUCUUUUAUUGAAGAUAUGGGAGACAAGGAUAGUGAUGUUACUAUGUGGAAGGGGAAGCUAACAAGUGAAAAAGCCAGUGUCAUUCUGGACCUCCAGGAAUAGAUAAUUCCAAGCGGGAUAUGACAGAAGACAGCGCUCAAUAUUCUGAUAUAGAUUUUACUCAACAUACCUAAAUGACAGUCACGACAAUAUUUCGAAGGUACGCUGCAAUGG